CAGUAGUUGUGAAACCAUUAACAUUUAUUGACAUACUCUCCACAAUGAAGAUGCUGCUGAGUUUGGUUGUUCUGCUCUCUAUUUUUCUGUUGAUUAGUUCAGCUCCUCCAACCUGCUACUCAAGGAUUCUGUCUUUGAGCAAAGAAAUCAUGGCAUCAUUUAAGAAUUUACAGAACACUGAACCUGUGGACCCCUGUGUGGAGAUGCUGCCCACGCUCUACUUGGACAUACAUAAUUAUUGUGUGUUGACAAAACUCCGUAACUUUGUGGCAUACCCCGCAUGCCAAAGAGUGCCGCAAGUGAGUGCUCUGAAGGAAAAGAUCCGGAGCCUGUACACCAUUAUGAUCUCCUUCUGCAGAAGGGACCUAGUGUUCCUUACUGAUGAUUGUGAUGCUUUGGAAAUCCCUAUCCGGUCUCCUACUGAUCCCUCUGUCAUUCAGAGCUAAGAGUCAGACCACAGGAAGUACCUGGGAUGGUUUAAAGGAAGUCAAGAGCCACCCAAAAAUGCAAUCAACUACAACAUUAACAACCUUGUUCUUUUUCAAGCACACCAGCCCUAUUAUCUCAGGCCGACCCAUGUUUCUCAGCCUUGGCAGGAAAUCUGCAUGCCUUACAUACCUAUCAAGCUGCUAGCGAAACUAUGGUUAGAAAGUAUUUUAGUCAUUUGAUGUUUUCAGUUUAGCCAAAUUAGAAAGUAUGUUUUUGUUUGAUCAGAAAUUAAACGCUGGGUUUGUUACUCUUUCAUGAAUAACUACAUUCAUACAAAGAAAAAUAUAUGAUUUGUAUUCUGACCUAGUGGUUCCUCUCUCACUUGAGGUAGGCUUGCAAUUGUCUAUUUUUUCUAAAGCAAUUGGUAGAAGAAGUGUUAGUCUGUAGUCAGACAUCUCUGUACUUGUACAGUUUAUGUACAUGUAUGUGGAUAGCUUUUAGGGUCAACCUUGUGUGUAUAGAAAGUAACCCUUUAGUCAGUGGAAAUCUCAGUGAAAAACUAAAUAAAAAACCCUUCUACCCAGAGAAGUCAGCAUCACAUCAGGUCCAUUUCACGUACACACUGAAAGAUAUCACCCCUCUAGCUUCUUUUUCCACAAUCACCCUAUAACUUGGUUUUUUUCAGCAUGAGCGGUUUUCAGCUUUGUUUCCAUGGCAAUGCAAACAUUUCUGUGCCUGCACAAUGAAGCCGUGCUUAGAAAUGUCAUCAAAUGUGUUUUUAAACAUUUUAGGAAACACCCAUUUUUAAAUGCUAACUUUUAGUACUACUAGAGUAAUGUUCAUUUUUAAUUCUCUUUCUGUGUUACAAAAAUUUAGCUUGGUGAGACAGCAGUUCAGGAAGCUUAUUCAGAACUUUGAGUGAUAAUUGAGUCAUAGAAAUAUAAUACACAUAUUGGAUAUAAUAAAGAGCAAGACUGGAAACACCAUGAAAGCAUCCCAUCUAGUAUGAGGGCCUUGUGGCCCUGAAAUGUGUACAGGGAGUGAGCCCCUUCAACCUUGCAGAUCCUGGGGACCCACUUAGAAGAAACUCUCCUGAGACCCAUGGAAGUGGCAACUAUACACAUAGAUGGUUCCUUCCUCUACUCUGUGCUGCUGGUUCCUCCUUCAUGAGCCUUGAUGCUGGUGGUUGGGGUGUUGUUCUCAGGUGUUAUCAACUCUCAUGAUUUUAAUUGCCAAUCUCAGUGUCUGGUGUUUUCUGACAGCCCCAGCUCCUGGAGUCAUGCGAUUGUGAGAAUCUCAAGUUUCAUUUAAAAAGACAUGGAAGUUCCUAGCCCCCUCCUGACUGCAGUGAAGAGCUUGGAAUCAUGAACCCCAAAGGCUCAAAAGUCAUCAGGCAACUAAAAAGAACCCCCAAAUUAUCUUUUUAAAAAUGUCAAGGUUUAGGGGACAGGAAAGAGCUGACAUUUUUGGAACAUUUGGGGUUACCCAAUGCCACAGAAACUAUAGUCUGUUCUCAGCUGUGACAUACAGCACUUGGU